AUGAAAUCCGGUCAGAGUCUAGUCUACAAAGAUGCGCCUAUUCGCUCACUUUUUGAGGAUGAGAUUCCUGCAAUUGUGGCGAGUGAACGGAACAAGUCAUUGAAAGAGAUAGUUUCGGAGCGUGACUCAAAACUUGAUGCUCUUCGUGUAGCACUGGAUGAAGAGCAGGAAAGAAGGCAGAGGGAUCACCAAAGCUGGAAGAUGGACCUCACGGCUGCACAGAAUGUCCGUAUGGCUGAAGUGGUAUCGGACUUGGCCUCAAACGAGAACAAAGUUGUACGUAGCGCAGGUGCACAUCUCACUAAUGUUGCUCAGGUGCAGACUAUGUCGCCGAUGGCUAAGGUGAAAUCUCGAGAUGCUCAAACGGAUUUAACUCGAACUUUCUUGGCUCAGAUGGAAUGUGAUGCAGUUUCUUACUCUUCUGAAAUGAAAGCCUUGCGUGCUGCUUAUACCGAACUGAGAGAAGCUGUCGGCCAGCUAGUAUGUAAAGAACAUCGAACGCUUCGGUCCGGACACUGGUGUCAGUCUCCUCUUAUUCUAGAAUAA